UACAAGUUAGGUGUAAGAUAUAGCUCCAACAGGGAUGCGAUAAAAUUCUAUAAUUUUUCUCCCCCUUUUGCUCUUUCUCCUUUCUUCUUCUUCUUCAUCUUUUCUUAUCAUCAACACCAAUCCACAAGUUCAGGGAUCCAGGUUCUUGAGAUAGAUUUUAGGGGGUUGUGAUGGAAAAUGGUGUGAGUAAAGUGGAACAAGUGAAGUUAGAAGUAGAAGAAUUUGAUAAAGAUGUUUUUGAGGGGAUAAAUGGUGGUGUUGAGAACGGUGGCGAUUCGGGUGUUUCGUUACGGUUAGAUGGGGAAACGGAGAAGUUAGAAGAUGCAUCAGAGGGUUCUAGUGAGAGUCAAACGGUUUCGGAGAACAUUGAUAUUGAUCGUGUUGAGGAGGUUGUACCUGUGAAGGUGGCUGAUGGGGAAAGUACCUAUGGUAAUACAAACGGGGAUCAACCCGUUAUAAAAGAAAGUAACGAGUUUGUGGAUUGUGAUGAAUCGGAUGAAAAAAUGCUUAAUAUGGCGGAUGGAAGUGAGGAGAGAAAUGCAUCUGAGAAUACAGCCGGCAAGCAGCCGAGUGGAUCUGAAGCUUAUGAGGCCGUGAAUAACGAUAGUAGCAAGGAGAGAAAUGCAUCGGACGAUACUGCCAGAAAACAGCCGAGUGGAUUUGAAGCUAAUGUGGCCGUGAAUGACGAUAGUAGCGAGGAGAAAAGGGAUUAA